AUGACACUUUCAGAAAGAAAGUGUGGAGAAAUUAUUUCUGUGCGAAAGUUAGGCAAGUCAUAUAGACAAAUUGCCAAACUUGUUGGUUGUGAUCCCAAGACUGUUGGAAAUGUGCUUAACCGACUUGAAAACCCAUCUCAAGUAUUACCGGAUCGUCGAGGAAGACCACCAAUCUUAGACGAAUCGGCACAAGAUCGUCUAACGCAGCUUGUCUUAAGCAAUCGGCUUCAUUCUAAUCCAUAUCAGCACGUAUGGAGGAGGCCAGGUGAAGAAUUUAAUGAUGAUUGCCUUGUUCCAGCAAUCAAAUCUAAAGGGAUUAUGAUGUGA